AUGCCUAUGACAGCUUAAGAUAAUCCAUCAAAACUCAGCUAAAACUCGCAGUAAAACUAAUAAAAUUCUUAGUCUUCUAAUGGAACAGGUGUUGGUGGUGGUAUGUUCUUUAUCAAUAACUAAAAAAUGAAGAUAAAUUCAGAUGUACUUAAAAAGGGAGAGGACUUUAUGAAAAAGUUUUAGUAAGAUGAUGAUAAGUAUGAUAAUGAUUUGGAUUUAUUACUUGCUGCAGAUGAUUGCAAUACUAAGACUCCAUAAUCAAAGUACUAAUAUCAAAAUAACAAUUAAGGCAGGAGUAGAAACAGUAAGAAUUAAAACGGUUAUAAUCAAAGGAAUGCUCGCAAUAAUAGCUGA